AUGCUAGUGGAGUUUCUAUCACCAUCUGAAGAGAGUAAAACAUUAUCGAUUACGGUGGAAGAUGAUGAGAUAUGCACUUCAAAAGAUCACAAUGACUCGUUGAUUAAUGUGACAUUAAAAGAUGAAAAAUCAUUAGAAAGAGAAACAUGGCCAACAAAAUGUGAUUAUUUGAUAACAACAUUAGGAGGACUAGUAGGACUAGGCAGUAUUUGGCGUUUUCCCUAUUUGGCAUUUCAAAAUGGUGGAGCAGCGUUCGUUAUUCCAUACUUUAUUAUUAGUUCACUAUGUGGAAUACCUUUGUUGAUCAUGGAAACUGCUCUCGGUCAAUUUUCGUCGAAAGGAUCAGUAGGUUGUUGGGAUUUUGCACCAGUUAUGAAAGGCAUUGGUAUUGCAUCAGUAUUUAUCUCAUUUUUCGGAGCAUUAUAUUAUGUUAUUAUUAUGGUUUGUGUGGUUGCAUCUGUUGAAAAAUUUUGGAGUGUUUCUGUAUUGAAUAAAUCACACGAUCUAUCUGGUCUAUUAACAUUUCAUUGGCCAAAUGUUGUGGGUUUAUUUUCGUUAUUUCCGUAUGUGCCGAUGAUCGCUUUAUUUAUUCGUGGCAUUACAUUGGAAGGUUCAUGGUACGGAUUACGGUACUAUAUAAUACCCGAUGUCAAACGGCUGUUGAGCGCUAAAGCGUGGACUCAAGCUGCUGGUCACGUUUUGUGGGCCUACGGUAUUGGAUGGGGCAUCAUUCCUGCACUUUCUUCUUACAAUCGUUCAGAUUAUAAUUUUUUUCGUGAUACUCUCAUAACUGGCAUAAUAAGUAUAUUAACAAACGUUUUUAGUGGUUUUAUCAUUUUUCCGGUAUUAGGAUUUAUGGCUGUAAAAAAGAAUGUGACUAUUGACAAAGUCUUAUCAAGUGGUGACGGAUUGGCAUUUAUUGUAUAUCCGAAAGCUAUUUCAUUGAUGCCAUGGGCUCAUUUUUGGGCUGUUACAUUUUUUAUCAUGAUAUUUUUAUUGGGCAUUGAUUCUCAGUUUGUAACAUGUGAAUCAGUAUUAACAGCCGCAAUUGAUAAAUUAGCUCAACUACGUCAACAUAAAAAAUUACGCCGUGAAACAGUUGUAGCUAUUUAUGUUUUGAUAUCGUUCCUUUGUGGUCUACCAAUGUGUACAAAAGCUGGCUAUUACAUUUUCAAUUUAUUUGAUUCUUAUAUUUGUGGUCCAUUACCAUUAUUGAUCAUCUGUAUUGCUGAACUAUUUACCGUUCUAUUUUUGUAUCGUAAAAAUUUUCUGUCUUGGUUUAAACAAUGGCCGCCCGAUGUAUGGCCAGGAAAAUUAUUUAUAAUGCAUAUAAAUGAUACAUUAAAACAAAAUUUGACAUAUAUCUGGCUAUGCUGGUUAUUUGUUAUUCCCAUUUGGUUAUUUGGCAUGCUUGGUAUGAUUUUGAGUACAUUAAAACCAAUUACAUUCGAAAACUAUAUUUAUCCUUUACCAUUUCAAAUAAUCGGUUAUUUCGUAAUGAGCAUAUCUCCGCUAAAUGAUAUAUUUGUUGAUUAUUUUAAUGAAUUUUUAAAAUGCAAUGCCUUUCCACAAUUAAUUGAAUAUAAUCGUGAGUCACAUACAUUUUUGGAACAGAAAAGUGACCAUAACAAAAAUAAACAUGAUGAUAGUGAUGAACAGAAUAAUGACGAUAAUCUCUUGUUUGAUCGCGUAUUUCAAUUUGAUGAUAUUAAAGUUGGUGAUAAUACUAAAACAAAAACAUUUGAUAAACUACGUCAAGCACAAAUGAUUGAAUGGGCAAGAAGUGAACGUUUACAAUUAUUUUGGCGUACAGAACUUUAUCGGGAGUAUAAAUUAUGUAAACAAAUUCUGAGACCAUUGACAACAGAAAAAGAUGGAUCAUUAUAUUCUAGUCAAGGAAUUGGUGGUUAUAGUCGUCAAAGUAUCUAUACAGCUCAAACAUUGUCAUCAACAGAAAAUUCAAAUACGGAUUAUAUUGAUGAAUUAGAUAAUAUUACGAACAAAAAUAAUAGUGGCAGUAAUGUAAAUGCCAUCUUUGAAGAUCCAUUGUUAGUCUUAGAACUUCGCAUGCCAAAAGCAUUUCUGAGACCGGGUAGUCGAGCGUACAGUGUCCCCGUUUACAUAGAAAGUACCAAAGCGCUAUAUACGAAACCAACAGAAUCCAAAUUAAACAAAAUGUCAAAAAGAUCAACUAGUAGUAAAACAAGUGAAAAAAAAUCAACAUCAAAAGAUACAACUACAAUGUCUUCUCUGGGUGAAAAUAUGGAUGUUGCUCAAACCUCACUUGCACUAGAAGAUGAACGUUAUUUGCCAAAUGUAAAUGAAAUUAUCUAUGAUGAUGAUGAAGAAUUUCUUGGUUUUGAAUUACAAAGUUCAACAAAUCAAUUGAAAUACAAAUAUUUAGGUUCCUUUUCUUUUGUUAAAGGUUCCUAUGCAGGUAUGCAAGAUUUUAUUGAAUUUCUUAAAUCUACAAAUGGUUAUGAUUUAUAUCGUUUUUGGAUGGAUUGUGAAUUUUAUAAGGAUACAAUGGAAGGAUUGGAUGAUGUUAAAAACAUUGUGGCACGUACACGACUAUUUCGGGAUUUAAAUGAAAAAUAUCAUUUUCCAUUCAUGUGUCAUUUAAAAAAUAAAAUUCGAACAUCCUAUAAGGAAAAUAAAGAAGGUUCAUUAACCCAUGAAGUUUUUCUACAAGUUCAAUAUGAUAUUCUUAGAAGAUUACGUAUUUAUUGGUGUUCGAGAUAUAUUAUUCAUCAAUUAUUCAUUCAUAAUCAUCAAUCACAAGAUAAUUUUUCAUCAAAAUAUGAACUAUCUAGUGUUAAUUUAUAUCCAAUUGACAAUAAAGUUGUACCAAAUUUAACCGAAAUGACACAAAUAUUUUUAUCGGAUGAUUAUACAAAUAAAAAAACACAUACAAAAAAUUUGAUAUUAAAUUAUAAACAAUCACCAAUAGAAAUAGAAUUAGAUCGUAUAUAUUCGACAAAAUUUAUGAAAAAAUUUUAUAAAUCAAUGAAACAAGAUAAAAUAGCGGGUGGACUAUUUCUUCGAUAUAUAACCUAUAAUGAACGAGAUUUAUUACCGCUCAUAUUAUUUUGUUAUGAUGUAGAUGAUUUUCAUUAUUCUGAUCUAGAUGAUAAAGUAUUAGAAGGACAACAUGCAUUAUCGAUUAUUAAUACGUAUCUUGGAAAUUCUGCUAAAUUACCUUUAAAUGAAUAUUUACCAAACAUUGAUAUUAAAACAAUGAUAACGUGUAUAAAAACGCAUGAGUUUGAUAAACUAUUUUUUGAAACACUUUAUAAACAAGCUUUAUUAUUACUGAAAGAUGCAUGGUUAAGAUGUUUGAGAGAUGAUAUAGAUCGAUUAACAACAGCGUAUUAUCUUCCAGAUCAAGACAGAAAUACGAGCAGUGAAGAUGAAGCAGAAGAUGACGAAGAAGAUGAGGUUAUGCAACCCGAAAAGACUGUUUAUAAUCACCAUUCGGCAAAGAAAAUAAAAGAAAGUCGAUUAAAUGCUGUAUCAAGAUUAAAAUCACCGAAUACUGAAAUGAACGUGACAAACGAUGUUAUUUAUGUAAAACGUCCAUGGGUCGAACGAUAUCUUUCGUCAGCUACCAGCGAACGACAACAACGUCUCAUAAAAGCAAUUGAUUUUUCGAUGACAGAUGAAGAACGCCAACGUAUUCGUGUUGAAAGACUUGAGCGUGUAAAAAAAAUUGAAACAGCACGUAAGAAAGCCUUAAAAGCAGCGAAACAACGACGUUUACGUGGUGGUGAUAAACGUAGUAGUAUAUCAAGUCAUUUUACAGCGAGUACUGGUAAAAAUGAUGGUACUUUGUAUAUUGAUCGUAUAUUAAAUAGUUCGACAACGAAAGAUAACAAACGUAUAAUAUUAAACUAUUUCCAACGACGUCUUAAAUCAAAAAAUAUCAAACUCGAUAAUAAAUUAACGUUAGUAUUUGAUAUAAUGAAAUUUAUGGAUGCAACUAAUCAUUUAGAAAAACAACAAAUGCUUGAUCGAAUGAAAAAAUUUUAUCUUGAUGUUCAGUCAAAACGAACAGUAAUACCGUUAAAUGAAAAAUUAACACAACAGUUAAGUGGUGGUAGACCCGAUUCACCAUUUUUACGUUCAGCGUAUAAAGAGUUACGCAACGAAUUAGAAGAUGAAUUUGUAUCAUUUUGUGAAGAUUGUGCAAGAGAAUUUCAAAUUGAAUCAGUUGAAGAAUUUCUAUCAAAAUCGAGUACAGAAUUAACAAUGUUGUUCAAUGAAGCGGGUGAUUAUUUUACAAAUGGUGGUGAUAAACUUGGUGAUGAUGAUGAUCAAACAGCAACAAGUGGAAAUGAUGAAUAUGAAAAAAAUAAUGAUGGUCGAGGUAAACCAACAAAAAAACAUUUUACAGAAUUAUUUAAUUUGAUACAAGAUGCAGCUGUUGGAAGAUACAAUCCAAAAUUUUUCUAUUUCUAUGCCUAUUUAACACAUUUUGUGAAUAAAGAUAAAGUACCAUAUUUAGAUCGUGAUCUUUUAUUUUGUAUUGAUGUAUCACGUAUUAAAGAGAUAGCUAAUGAUGCCAUGUUACAAGCAAAAUUAAAAUAUAUUCUCGAAACAUAUUUAGAAUCAACAACUCCACCAGCAAUUCAAAUUGAUAUAACGAAUUAUGAAUUAAAUAUGCGUAUGAUAAAAUCAUUACAAAAAGCCCUUCAGGCGAGUGUACAUGAAUACAGUGCGUUUGAAGAGGCGAGAAUGCAAUUAAUUAAAGAAAAAUUAGUAUUUUAUUAUGCCGGUUUUAAAAAUUAUUUAUUUCGUCAAAAUAAUGCGAAUGAUCGUCUUAUAACAAAAUCAACUUAUCCCGUUAUGAAAACAACAGUUCAACAAAUUGCACAAAUUAAACAAAAACCAUCGGCAGUCGUAAAUGUUCUCAUAACAGAAGUAAAUGAGAAUGAACAACCACAACCGGAACGAAAAGUAGUGCCGCGUAAAGCGAUCACUGUUCUUUCAAGACAUUCCACUGUGACCCCCCCGCAAGAUCUAACAGCAAUUACAAAAACACAACGAGUACUCGACGCACGCAUGGACGAAUUUCAACGUAUCAAAUCGCCAAAAGUGUCUGAUGUACAAUUUCCAAAAAA